GAUCCAGGAAAUAGGAAAAAAAAAAAAAAACUUGCAAAACUGUUCUCAAGAGAAGCAUAUUCGGCGCGGCGCUUAGACCUGUCACUCCAGCAGACCACCAUGAAUUGUCAAUAACAUCUGGGGCAGCGGCGCCUAUCUACUUGUCAUAUAGCCUCCAGGCAUGGCGGCCGAUGACCUCGUGCUGGACAUGAUCAAGACACACAGCCGCUAUGACAUGCCUGAGGACAUCACAAUCUCCUGCCAUGAUGUCCCUGAGUGCUCUGGCUUCCCAAGGGGGAUAAUGAGGUCUUCCAGGCCUGUAGAACCCAUAAAACCCAUAGAAAAGGAGGUAAAUGGAUCACUCAAAGAUGCAAACAUGUCAGACUGGCCAGGAGAGCAAACAGAACCAACUGAUUGGCCAACAGAAAAAUCAGAAAUUCCAGAUUGGUCUGAACCAAAAAAUGGCAACUUUGCAGACUUUAAGGAGACGGCCUUUCUGGACACCUGGGAAUGUAAUGGCACAGGAUGCAACCUUUCUAACGAGGAAAGUCCAGAUAACCGCACCACUGAUGAUGAGGAGCUGAGCAGCCGUGGGAUUGGUGAGAAGGAUCCGGGGAACAAUGUGACUGAUCAGAAGGAUCUAGGAAAUCACUUGAUUGGUCAGGACACCAUCACAGACAAUGCAGCACUUAAGUACAAGGGUGACGGGAAGCCAAUCAGAGCUGAGGACGAGUGCCAUUGGUCGGCCGGUGGUGGAGGUGGAGGAUGACUGGUGGGAUGGUGAGGGCCAGCCGACGGGUGAGCGCUGGCCGCCACUGGGUGCCCCGGAUGACCGAGCGGAGGAUGGAUGCUCCUAUGACUCCUGGUAUAGGCAGGGUAGGAGCUGUGAGGGUGGCGAUGGGGUUGGUGCAGCUGAGAGGGAGCGAUUGAGGCAGCUGGAGGAAGAGCAGGACCAACUAAGCAACUCCCUCAUGGCUCUCACUUCUCACUUCGCCCAGGUACAGUUCCGGCUGAAGCAGAUUGUACAUGCCUCACCUGAGCAGAAAGAGGAACUGCUCUCUCAGCUUGAAGAGUUUGCCAACCGAGGGAUUCCUGACAUGAGGGCCCCCACUGCUGUCUGCCUGCCGGGAAAGGAAGGCUCCGAAGGGGACGGGGAGCAGAACGACACCAUGAGCACGAUGGAUAAACAAAAGGAGCUCAUCUCACAACUGAAGCAGCAACUUGAUGACCUUGAACUCUAUGUGUAUGAGACUGGCGAGGGCGGCCCACCCCAGGCACAAGUCAUGGAGCGGCAAAGGGUCAUCAUAGAACAACUGAAGGACCGUCUGAACCUGAACGUUGAUGAAAUGGACAAACUUACACUGGAAGACUUGAGGCAGCAGGUGGAUCGCAACGUGAGAGAGCUCAUCAACCCACUCAAGAUGAAAGAACAAUUGGUUGCUCAACUGCAGACACAAAUUUCAGACUUGGAGAGGUUCAUAGAUUUCCUGCAGGGGGAGGGAGGGGGCGUGAGAGGAGCGCGGCUUCCUCCACGGCCCAUGACAAGCCCCCCAAAAGCAGCAGUGAAUGGUGGGGACACACGCAAUCAGGAGAAGCGAUCCAAAGCAGAACAGAGGAAAGAACAACAUAAGUCUGAAGCUGAGCAGCUGCGGCGGGAGACAGCCAGUGUGGUGGAGCGUGCCACAACCCUCCUCAACAUGCUGUCCUUCGGCUGUGGUGAGAACAGACAUGCCAAAUUCCGACGCAACACAUUAAAGAAGACGCCCCAGGGCAGCCAUUAUGGGGACAUCCGUGCUGCUUUGGAGUUGGCAGUAGUGCAGGUGGAGGAGUCAAUCCGCCCAGACCCGAGUGGGGACAGCGACCAGACGAGUGACUCAGAGGCAGAGGUGGAGGGUGAGGAGGGGAAUUCAGGACUCGGGGCACGGGCGGAGGUGACCAUGGCUGUGAGGAAGCACCUGACGCCGGCACUGAGGGACCUGAUGCAGCACGGACUGAUGCCAGUGGGACAAAGCCAGUCGUUAGUUCCCUUCCUGAGCUGUCUGCCCCACCCUCCCUCCCACCGUCCCUCCAAGCUGAUGCAUGCCUGGGACCUCAUCCUGCAGUAUUACCACCUCAAGAAGGGACACCAGUAUAACCGCACACCUGCCAGGAGACUCAGCCAGAGCUUCAACCUGGAGAUCACUGGUGGUAGUGCAGUGACCAACAAACAGUCUCUACUUGGUGUCAUUGGCUCCAUCAUCUCCACUCACACUCCCCUCAAGAGAUCCUUUGACUCACAUCUCAAGGCCUUUGUAUCGUCUGCUCUAAACCAGAAGAAGCUGGUAGUGUGGCUGCGGCUAAUAUUCCGCACGCAGGCACUGAUGGAACAGUUCUACCAGCCGUGGAGCUAUGCCAGUCUGACAGGGUUCGAGGACGCUCUCCGCUCUCUGGAUCGACUCACAUCCCACAACUUCCGCCUGCCUGUUGACUUGGCUGUCCGUCCAUUCCAGAACAUGAGGGACGCUUUCUGAGGCGUCCCCCCGGCAGCUGCAGUGGAAGGGACAGAACGAAGGGACAGUAUUAUUCAAUUCAUCCUCAUGGAAACAUAUCUUGUCAUUCUGCUUCACUGCAUGUUUGUGGACUAGGAAGUGAUUGUGAUGAGUGUGUGAUGGUGAAAGGAGGUAGACAAGUACUAUAUAGAACCACUACAUGGAGAACAUAUCUUGUCAGUUUGCCAAUAUGCAUAGAUGUGCCAUAAGAGAUGUAACAAAUACCAUUAUUGUGUAAGGGAGAGGUUGUUAAUGGCUUAACACACACACACACACACACACAUACACACACACACACACCAAAAAAAAAACAAAAAAAACAGUAAUACACUGAAAGUUGGAAACAUAGAUGACAUAAUAACCAAAUACAACAUAAUACAUCAUCAUACAUUGUUGCUGAGAGUUUGAAUGGUAAGAGUUAGCAAAGGUACUAAUGUACUAAUUUAGGUGUGUUGUGUGAAAGGAAAUUGCAAGGAACAAGUGCCUGUAUGUAGUGAGUGCAGGACUGAGAGUGUUUAGUAAAGGAGCAGAGCCACAUCCAGAUGGCAUGCAUACAGGUGUUGAGUGACACAACUUUCUGAGAGCAACAGAAAAUAUAAGGAAGCCUGUUGACAUUGAAGGUGCAGGUUUAAUUUGGUUCUUUAAGAGGCAGCUGUGGAUGAGUAGUGAUUGGCACCAAGCUUAGCUCUGCAGUGGAUAAGUCCAGUGAGGUAAUCUUGUCUAUGGCCUUUGUAUGUACUUUCUAAAGUAAGCUCUUGUAACGGUUCCACUGCUGCUCUGGAUAUAUGCUUUUCUAUCCUUAUUUGUCUUCUCACACCUCUUCUUAAUUCCUCACUAUGCUGUAAUCAUGGGUGUUGUGUGCCUCCAUUAUGUUUCCACUUGUCAUCAAUCCCAUAGUUGUGUGGGCACCAACGAGACUUGUUGUGAGUGAUGGAGGAAUCCAUGACUUUCUGAUCAUGGUGGGCCUGGGUGUGGGUAGCCAUGAACUGUUGACUUAAGUGCUGUGGUACUGAGAUGUCUCACUCUGAUGGGCCAUUGAGCAGGUUGUUGCUGAUAUGACCAUAGCACUUGUUCUUAAUGCCUGAGCUUGCUGUGGUCACAGUCAUCCCAAUAUCUCCCAGCUGUCCUCCAAGAUAUUUGGCUGCUGCCCCCUAGUACUGUAUCAUGGGCAUCCCCAUGGGGGAGCUCCUAGGAGCAGGCAUCUGAUAUGCUGAUCUGGAUUUGGCCCUGUGGAAGGUACAUGUGUUUUAACUGAGUAUAUGGAAAAUUUUGAAGGAAAGUGAGGAAAGAAUGUUGAAAUUGACAGAUGGGUGUGUAUUUAUUAAUUAAUUUAUUUAUCUGUUUAUUAGACAAUGUGAAAAGAAAUUAUGUACCUUAUGUUCUGUACACUGCAAGAAAGACAUUUGAAUAUGAGGUGAGUGAUACUGAGGCAGCACCCUAACUUUGUGGCCAAGCUGUGUGUGAUGAAAUGACAGAUGGCUGGCAUGGGAACCUUCUUGGGUAAGCUGGUGUGAACGACCCUCCACACUAAUCUGCUAGGCUUCAGUGGCACUUCUGGCCUGCUCUAGUUGCAGUUGUCACUGUGUCCUUCAGUUUGUCUAUGAAAUCCUUGUCCAUUAGCACCAGGAACUGAUCCAACAUUGCAUGGACUGUAUUAGACUUUCCUGAAGAGCCACUCAUCCACCAUAAAUCUGAUGUCUCAUGCCACCCAGCUGUCACCUCCUCUCCUCAUAGACUUGGUCACAAGGUUACACUAUUUCCAGGGGAUGGCAUGGUGCCACUCACCUAGCAGGAAAUCCAGGUGAAGUUAAGGUGUCCUCACUGUCACUUGUGUCAAAAUGUUCUUGCAGUGAACAGAGAGAGAGAGAGAGAGAGCAAGCAUAUACUGGUCAUUUCUCUCUCCUACACAUCACAAAACUAUCAGCCACACUCCUGCUGAUACCAAUAACCCAAACCUGUGCACCAUUUUACAUAACCACUUCCUGGGUGUUCUGCCACUACCUAUUGGUACCUGCCACACACAGGAGAGAGGCUGUCAGUUUCCAGGUGAGACUUAGAGUACUCUGUGUUCCUGUGUGCAUUUUAUUACAUUUGAUGGUGACCUGUAAGUUUAGAUUUGUUUAACAUUUGUGUUAGAGAGAGAGAGAGAGAGAGAGAGAGAGAGAGAGAGAGAGAGAGAGAGAGAGAGAGAGAGAGAGAGAGAGAGAGUUUUACCAGUAGAUAGUGUAAUACAGAGAGAUCCGCUAAGUGUGUACAAUUAAUAGGGAAAGAUUAUCCACUUUUCUUGAUAUGUACAUUACCAAACCAAGACUAACAACUAAAUGCUGGUGUUUGGUCUGCUGUGAGGGGAAGGUUGUCAUCUGAAAUAUGGGAUCUUUCACUGUCAUUAUAAUCAGUGUCAUUUAGUGCAGUGACUAUUCAUGUGUUUUAUGUGAUUUUUUUUUUGGUGGGGUGUUAAUUAUUGUCUUGAGAUCAUCACUUGCAGACCCUUUCAGUAAGUUUACAGUUUCUACCACUUGGAAAAUUUGUCUUAUUCUCAGUUUGUUCACUAUAAGUCAACUUCACACCAUUGUGCAUUGUCUGCUCUUGAAUUGGAAAAUAACUUAACAGAUUGGGACAUUUUAGUGCCAUAUAAAUAUUUGCAUUAUUUCAGUUGCAUGUUUUCUCAGCUGCUGCUCCUUGUCAUGUUGAGAUGUACUUGAAAUAGAAACGUUUAUUUUGGCACUGAAAGUACUGGACAGUUGUGGCUGAAGAUUUCAAUUUCUUCAGUAUUUUAUUGUCUUUUAGUCUUGUAUUUACAGUUCAUAAUUAACUUCAAAGUACAAAACUGAGCAAAGUAUUAGCAGGUUGAGUCAGGUUGUUUAAGAAAGAUCUGUACCAUUAGAAUUGUUGGAAAGGCAAAAGAACAGUAGAUACAAAAGAUUUACAUGUAUAUGGCUUUCAUUAAGAUGUGUUAUGCCACCAACUAUUACGUUAGGAAACCUUUUCAAGUAUCAUAUUUGUAUAGUUAGAGGGUGACAGAGAGAGGGAGAGCUCCUGAAGAGUUAAUGGUCUCUCUCUAGCAGAUAGCAGUGCACACUUGAGAGGUCUCUCUGUACUACACACUGUACACUUCCACUAUAACCAAGGGAGGAUCAAAGCCAGUAUAGACUUCUUGGUAUCUCAUGUACUUGACACUGAAGUAACACUGUAUUUCACUGUCUGGCAGAUACAUUUGUGUGACGCGAGUGUAAAGUUAUGCAGCCAAUGUGACUUCUGUCAUCAGCCCAUUUCUUGUAUACAUUUGUGUAUAAAAUAUACAGUAGACUAAUGCAAGAUUA